AUGGUAAUUAAGCGUAAACUUAGAAACUCGAGUUCGAAUACUUCUGUUCCAGUACCAGAAGUUAAGCCUGAGGAAACAACAACGCCCAGUCCUACACCCUUGAAGGUUGAACGACGCGGGCGACCACGUAAACCUGAUAAUGGCGAGGAAGUAACGAACGAAAAACCUCUUAAAGUUUCUCGUACGAUCGAAAACUUUAAAAUUAUUACUUUUAAUCCUAAGGGUACCUCCAGUGGUAAGGGCAAGGAAAAAGAGGCAACUUGCUCUCCUACAGAAUUUCCUUCAGAACCAGUCUAUAAUGAACCAAUACCGCAAUACGAUUCUAACUUUGUUGAAGUUCCAGAAGGUAAUAAUAUUUUGCAAAAUCCAAAGAAUGCGCGACCACGUAAAUGGAUACGAAGAAAAGUAGUUAUUAAAACCACCGGAGCCGAAAUAGCUGUUCCCGUGUGGUACUCAAAGGCACUUUGUUCUUCCUCGCUUUCAAAUCAAAUUCAUCUUAGCAGCUUUAACCAACUUACUUCCCAAGUAAUUAUUUUUCAGAAAAAUGAAUUAUGGGAUGAAGCUAACAUUUUAGAACGUCUUUAUUAUAAAAAUAAAAAUCAACAUCAACGUUCCAUAUAUUUUCGUAAGAUCGUAGAGAUAAGAAGAAUGUUAAAAAGAAUUAAAGAGAUGGAGAUUAAUGUAUUGAUGUCUGAAUUUUUAGGAAAUUUUUACAGUACAAAAAUAAGCGGAAAAGCACAAAAUACGUGGGAUCAAGUACCAUCUCAAGAAAUGGUCGUUUUCGUUAUGAAUCGAUUAAUUUGCGUAGCCUUCUUAAUGAAUAAGGCUCUGGGCACGUUCAUCGACACCUUCGAUACUUUUAACGCUCUCCUCCGCCAAACUGAAUUCAUGUCAUUUGCUUUGACGUGUCUGGCAAUCCUUGCAAGGUUAAAUAUUUUAACGCGUGUAUUGCUCCAAGAAAUUAAAAAAUGCUAUGGAUUGCUAAAAAAUUGGGUUAAAUCUUUUCCGCGAUCUUCUUCAACCAGCCAGACAGAUUUUGAUAACGAAAUUAACAAAUUACCUGAAUGUUUAUAA